UAAAUAAAUAAAAAAUCACUCCAAACAACAAAAAUUUGCUUUCACCGGAGAAUAACAAACAAACAGACAAACGUCGGUAAAUCACAUACAUAUAUCGCUAUAUCUAUCUAUUUCCGGCGAUGGUUUCACCGGAGCAUACUAAUUGGAUCUACGGGUUGACCCAUGAAAACCAUUUCUUUCCUCAACCGGUUUGUGUACCCAGCUGGCCGCCGGUCCAGGAUGCGUUGACCGGUUCAUUCUCAAACCCCCCUAGUGCGGAACGUGAUGGCUCACACGCAGAUUCAGAUGGACACAAAGAAUCUGGCUCAAAGAAACGGGGGAGGGCUGACCCUUGCAGUGGAACAAGUUCCAAAGCAUGCCGAGAAAAAUUGAGAAGGGAUAAGCUAAACGACAAGUUUGUUGAAUUGGCUUCAAUUCUUGAACCUAAGAGGCCUCUGAAAGUUGAUAAGGCUGCUAUUUUGGUUGAUGCUGUACGGAUGGUGACUCAAUUAAAAAAUGAAGCCCAAAAGCUGAAAGACUCGAAUUCUGAUCUCCAAGAGAAAAUUACAGAGUUGAAGUCUGAAAAGAAUGAACUCCGAGAGGAAAAGCAGAGGCUGAAGUCCGAGAAAGAGAAACUUGAACAACAAUUGAACUCAAUGAACACCCAACCUAGCUUCAUGGCUCAUCCACCUGCAAUCCCUGCCGCCUAUCCAGCCGCUGUUUCAGCCACCCAAAGUCAAGUGACAGGCAGUAAGUUAGUGCCGGUCUUCAGCUACCCGGGAAUGGCUAUGUGGCAAUUCAUGCCUCCUGCCGAUGUUGACACCUCACUUGAUCACGAACUUCACCCUCCAGUCGCCUAAUUUGGCCAUAAAGGCUUGACAAAGUAGAGGCGAUCAUCCAGUUUGCCAUUGUGUUUAUGACUUUUAGGCUCUGAGUAUGUAAUUUAUAGAGUCAAGUACAUGGUAUACCUUACCUUUUAAAUUAUACCUAUUGCAUCUUACCAAUUCAAUGUGUGAUAUUCUUCUGUUCCUGACA